AUGGAUGAGCCGCAGAAGGAGCUCAGCCAGCGGCAGGAGGGCCGGCCCCGCAAGGUGAGGUUCAAGAUAUCCUCAGCCUACAGCGGGCGAGUGUUGAAGCAGGUCUAUGAGGAUGGGCAGGAGCUGGAGCCCCCGGCACAGGAGCCCUCGCGGCGCUUCCUGCGCCACAGCUUCGAGCCCGAGGAGCGUCUCUGUGUGCCCGGGGAGCUGCCACAGAACAGCUUCUACUGGCCCACGGCCCUGAUGGCCCCGAGGAUCAGCAUCAUCCGAGAGGAGCAGCAGCACGGGCUCACGGGGACCCUGCUCAGCGACUGCCAGCCCGGUGCCAGCCACUGCAGGACCUCCCCAGUUGUAGAUUUUGGCAAGAUCAUCAUCUACACCAACAACCUGAAAAUCAUCCGUGCACCGAUGGACCAGAAAGAGCUCAUGAGAAGAAUCAUGCAGUCUGAUGGAAUAAAUGACUGGACCUUCAUGUACCGGGGAAAGAGAGAACAUUUUCUUGAUGGACAGAAAACAGACAUGGAGAAUAAGGUCACUUGCAACCAGCAUUUGCAGGAGGGCACCACGGAUCGAGGCUGUUGGCAGUGCAGAGGCUCAGGCUGCGCUCCCUGCUCGCUGUGCCAUGGCAGCAAGUUCUCCAUGCUGGCAAACCGAUUCCGGGAGUCCUACCGGGCGCUGCGGUGUCCGGCGUGCGACGAGAGCGGGCUGCAGCCGUGCUGGGUGUGCGCUGCCUGA